GGAUUCCUUGAACAAAAAAAACACACAAUCUGGGUUCAGUCCCCACUUUCAGUGGAAGCAUAAGCGUUGUGAUAAGUUCAAUGACACUGAAAGAAUUUGGGUUGAAGAUGGAUUUGAUUAAUCAUGGUGUUGAGCUGUACAGAGGCUUCAAAGAAGACACGUCGGGUUGACUUUGACCUCCUCCUGUUUCUCGAGCUGCAAGAAAGAAUGCAAAAACUAUUCUUUCUAGAUAAAGACAGCACAUGAAAUCAUAACAGAACUUCACCUGAGGCAACGAGACAAUGGAGAAAAGGGAAGAUCUGAUGUCAAUAUUACCGUACCUGCCAUUGGGGAUUCAAUCGUCGUCUCUGUCAUGGCCGUUUCCCCAUGUGGUGGAGGUUCUAGAAGCAAUGUCCAAAGGACCGAGUCACAGCAGACUCGACUCGGGAGAAGCUCUGUCUGAUGCCAUUUCCGCCAUGAGACAAGCUCUCUCUUUGACAACUCCUGUUUCGCCUUCAGCCCUUCAAGGCUACGCUCUCUUCUUCGACGAGAGAAUGUCAAGAGAAGAAUCGAAUUCUUGGUUUGACAACACCAUCCCUGCAAUGGCUUGUCUUCUCCUGCGAUUCCCAUCUCUCUUAGAACUACACUAUCUGAAUUCAGAUAAUCUCAUCGAUGGAACCCAAACUGGUCUUCGAUUAUUAAGACCUCAAGAAGCCGGUAUCGUGUUCCUCAGCCAGGAACUGAUAGGAGCUCUGCUUACAUGUUCUUUCUUCUGUUUGUUUCCUGUAACCAACCGCGGAUCAAAUCGUCUUCCGAUCAUCAAUUUCGACAAAUUAUUCGGGAAUCUGAUCAACACGAAAAAAGACGAAAAGCAGGAACACAAGAUAAGGUGCAUUGUUCACUACUUCGAAAGGGUGUCUUCUGGUUUGCCCCCAGGCUUCGUGUCCUUUGAGCGAAAGGUUCUUCCGUUUGAAAACCAUCCUGUCCACGUUACUUAUCCAGACACUGAUUUUUGGAGCAAAUCUACUUCUACACUCUGUGCUGUCGAGGUUCAUAAUUCGGGGCUGAUCGAGGACCAACGUGGUGAAGCUCUUGAAGUUGAUUUCGCGAAUAAGUACUUAGGAGGUGGUGUCCUUCGCAAGGGAUGUGUCCAGGAAGAGAUCCGCUUUAUGAUAAACCCAGAACUGAUCGGUGGAAUGCUGUUCUUGCCAGCUAUGGACGUCAACGAAACCAUUGAAAUCGUUGGAGCUGAAAGAUUCUCACAUUACAUAGGGUAUUCGUCUUCAUUCAGGUUCAUCGGUGACUACAUUGACACAAGAGAACGAGACAUAUUUGGAAGGCGAAAAACGAGAAUCACUGCCAUUGAUGCUCUGCGUCGCCCAGGAACUUCCCAAUACAAAUCUGACUGCCUCCUCCGAGAAACCAACAAGGCUUUCUGUGGAUUUCUGCACUUUUGCAAAGCUCAAAACAUAGAUGAUGAAGAUCGAGUCGGUGUUGCGACGGGAAACUGGGGAUGUGGAGCUUAUGGUGGAGAUCCUGAACUCAAGUCCAUGCUCCAAUGGCUUGCCGCUUCAGAGGCCAAAAGACCCUUCAUGUCUUACUACACAUUCGGCUUCGAGUCGCUCCAUAACUUGAACCAGGUGAUUGAGUGGAUUCUGUCAAAUGAAUGGACGGUGGGAGAUCUGUGGAACAAACUGGUAGAGUAUUCGAACCAGAGGUUGACCAGAGAGACGAAGCUCGGUCUGUUCUGUUGGCUGAUUCCGACAGUAUCCGCUUCAUCAUCAACUGUGCGCUAGAUCUUCCAACUGAAUCUGAUUCGUGCUCCUAAAGUGUUGAUUUCUUGUGAAGCAAGUUACUUGGGAUUAUCGGAUUUCCUUUUGAUGCGUUUGUUUGUGUUAGUCCUGAAAACAAAGAUUCUCAAUCUAAAACGUUUUGUGUUUGCAAGUUUCAUUGAGGAUUCAGUUAAGAAAAUAUUUUAGUGUACAAGUAAAAAUAAUUGAUAAAUUAAAUAAUUAAUUAUUA